AUAACCUCAAGGCUUUGAAACAGAAACGACCAAACAAUAUCCUCAUUCUUUUAUCGAGACUUUUAUAUUCAACGUUUUGGCCACAGGCGUGAAGACAUAAAUGAAGGUGUUGGUGUGUUUGAUGGUAAUUUGCGUUUCCUGGGUCACUAGUCAAUUCACCUGCAACUGCGGAUGGAGGAACAUGAAAAGGGUCGUGGGCGGAAAGCCGACAAAUGAGAACGAGUAUCCUUGGAUGGUGAUAAUUAACACCGGAUGCGGUGGAUCCAUCAUCACCGAAUAUCACGUCCUCACGGCUGCGCAUUGCACUGAUGGAGAAGAAGCCUCGUCCAUGAUGGUUAUUAGUGGAUUGCAUUACAGAGUUCGUGGGAAAAACCAGUUCAUGAGACGACAUCAAGUGAGUGAGAUAAUUCAGCAUCCCCGCUAUGAUAGAGAAGCAGGCUACAUCAAUGAUAUUUCAGUCCUCUUACUUUCUGAUAAAAUAAUUUUCAACCAAAGGGUCGGUCCAGUCUGUAUGCCUUAUACUAAAUUCACACUUGUAGGAAAGGAUAUCAAAAUCACAGGUUGGGGUGCGACCAAAGGCACAGGGACACAAAACGAACUUCGAGAAGUGGACGUGGAAGUUGUUGAUAUUAAAGAAUGCCAAGCAAGAUGGGAAGAGUAUAACCUCAAACCGACCUCAUAUCAGAUUUGUGCAUACACUGAAGGGAAAGACUCAUGCAGCGGUGACUCUGGCGGUAGUUUGGUGUACGAAGAUCCUGACACCAAAAGAUUUGUCCAGGUGGCUUUGGUGUCCUUCGGGCCUCGGGGUUGUGGAUCCGAUCCCCAACCUUCAGUCAACACUAAUGUGUACGCUUACAUCUAUUGGAUCGAGAGUGCUGUUAAACGAAGCGAGUCUAGAGCACAUCUUUGUAAAAAAGAAUCUCCAUCCCAAGCGACAAAAAUUCAAGAACAAAAAGAAAUACCUAUUGAGAAAAGUCCAACAACCAAAAGGCCAACAACCAAAAGUCCAAGAACCAAAAGGCCAACAACCAGAAUGCCAAUGAAAUAUAUACCUGAAAGUCACAUACAAAGUCCAGAUUUUUCAGAAUAUCCAAUAAUACAAGCUAUUUACGAUAUUGUAAAUAGUUUAACACCAUUAGGUUAGGUUAGGAUAAACUUCAACAGAAUUAGGUUAGGAUAAACUUCUUUUAAAAUGUUCUAAACUUUUUAUAAAUAUAUUACAAGAAGAUUUUACUAUAACUGCUGUGUCCAUUCAUACAACCUUCCUUGCCACUUUAGGUGCUAAC